AGUGUGGAUGGAAUGGAUACAGACACCCUCGUUAUAUCGCAUCAUAAUUGAUGCUAGCGUUAGCCUCCACCCAGUCAACAGCAGUUCUAAUCUUUAUUUUGUCGUAAUUGUUUAUGGUCCAGUGCCACACAAUAUUGUAGCCUUAGCCUCUGUGUUUUCCAAUUAAAUUUUGAAACGAAAAAAAUGAGUCGGAUUCGGCAUAUAUCCACGACGAUUGUCUGACCAACAAGCUGUGAUCAUCUCUUAACUCGAAGAUUAAUCGAGUUAACUCCGUGGGAUUCGAGACUAAUCCAGCUUGAUUACAUCCAAAAGGGACUUCUCUUUCAAAAACCAGCAGAGAGCAGUUUGAUACAACACCUAAAAGACUCCCUUUCCCGAACUUUGGAUAUCUUUUAUCCACUCGCUGGCCGCCUCGCUGUGACGGAAAAUAAGGAUAAGACCCCUUCUUGUUUUUCUAUCAACUGCAAUGGCGACGGAGGACAGUUUGUCCAUGCAGCUGCUGAUGGUGUUGGAGUGGCUGAUAUUCUCGACCCUGUUUAUGUUCCGGAGGAUAUUGUCUCCAACUUCUUCUCCAUGAAUGGGAUUUUGAACUACGAAGGCGUGUCCAAACCCUUGCCUGCCGUGCAAGUAACUAAGCUGGUUGAUGGCAUUUUCAUAGGUUGCACAAUGAAUCACUCUGUUGUUGAGGGGUCAUCAUUCUGGCAUUUCUUUAACACUUGGUCGAAAAUCUCUCGUUCGGGCAAAAAUUCUGAACCCCCUCCCAUUUUUGAUCGGCCAACUUCUUGAUGGCUUGUUUCAUCUCCCAAUUCCAAUGCCCUUCUCACACAGCGGAAUCUCAGAUAAGGUCACUCGACCGAUCUCAUUGAAUUCUUUACAAAGGGUAUUUCAUUUUUCCAAAGAAAAGAUUGCACAUCUCAAAUCCAAGGCCAAUGCCGAGAUGGGCACCAAUAACAUUUCAUCCCUUCAAGCACUCAUGGCCCAUCACUGGCGAGCAAUAACUCGUUGUGGACAUCUCAACCCUGAUCAGGUGAUCAGUUAUCGGGUUGCAGUAGGAUUGAGGCAAAAAUUGAAGCCACCAUUGCCAAAGGAGUGCCUCGGAAAUGCACUUCAGGGAGUUUCUGUGAAGUCCACGGCAUGUGAGCUUUUACAACACGGACUAGGCUGGGCGGCUUUGCAUAUAAACAAGACCAUUGCUUCCCUGACAGCAGAGGAAGUGAAGAAGACAUUGAAGGAUUGGGUAAACGCCCCUCUAAUACUUUCAAAUAUGAGGAGUAAUAUUCCAACAAGUACUAGUACCGUUUCAUUGCUCAUAGGAAGCUCACCACAGUUCAAUGUGUAUGGUAACGACUUUGGGUUGGGGAGACCGGUUGCUGUGCGAAGCGGAGCUGCUAACAAAAUGAACGGGAAAAUAGCAGUUUUUCCUGGGGCCGAAGAAGGAAGUAUUGAUUUUGAAGUUUGCCUUUUGCCUGAGACUCUACAUGCUAUGGCAGAAGAUGCAGAGUUCAUGGAGGCUGUGGCCACAUGUACUAAACCCUGCAUAUAUGAAAGCUGUCUUGCAGAUUAAAUUACCAAUUUGGUUAAAUAUCCAAAGGUUAAGGUUGGUAUUAUUAGCUUACUAGAUGAAUAAGGAAUCUGUAACAAAUAGACAAUUUGAUAACCAUUUCGUUUUCAGUUUUUGUUUUCAAAUUGAAGAAUUCAAAGGGAAAUCAAAUAAAGAUGUGUAAGAGGAGAAAAAAGUAUGAGAAAAUCAUUUUCCUUACUUUUUCCAUCUUCUAAAUUU